AUGGAUUAAUAACUUAAAAGACAAUAAAUAAUUACAUUUAUCAAUGAACUUUAUGAAGAAUUUAUAACCAUUAGAAGCAAUUUAUUUGAAGUUGCUGAAAUUCCUCAUCUUUCCUGCUGCUCUGAUAGCAGCAAAUUUAAUAUUUACUACGACUUUUAUCAUCUUGAAAAGUCAUUGAAGUAUAUGAAAAAGAAUCUCAACUCUUAAGUAUACAAAUAAAUAUCAUAAGAUUCUUAAAUUCUUAUAUGCUAGCUUAAGGAUACUCUUAAAGCCAUCAACGUGAUCUAGCAACGCUUGCAUUUGCUUGAUGAAGACGAUGACUAGCAAAUUAAAUAGAAGUAUCAACUAAUGGAGAAUUACUUCGACUACAAAAGCGCUGAAAAUACUUGUUCCAAAAUAAACAUAGACUGA